GCCCCGGGAUCUUCUCGGACCAGUGCUCGGGCGAGCGCAGUGCGAGUCCCCCUUGGCCUUCGCCGGACUGCUCGCCGCCCUCUCUGGCCGCUCUGCCCACUCAGCCCCGCCAUGCCGGUGGACAUCAGCAAGUGGACCGGGCCCUUGAGCCUGCAGGAGGUGGACGAGGCCCCGCAGCACGCGCUGCAGGUCAAGUACACCGGGACGGAGAUCGACUCGCUGGGCAAAGUGCUGACGCCCACCCAGGUGAAGAACCGGCCCACCAGCAUCGCCUGGGAUGGCAUGGAUUCUGAGAAACUCUACACCUUGGUCAUGACAGACCCCGAUGCUCCAAGCAGGAAGGACCCCAAGUUCAGGGAGUGGCACCACUUCCUGGUGGUCAACAUGAAGGGCAGCGACAUCGGCAGUGGCACCGUCCUCUCCGACUACGUGGGCUCUGGGCCUCCCAAGGGCACAGGCCUUCACCGCUACGUCUGGCUGGUGUACGAGCAGGACGGGCCGCUCAAGUGCGAUGAACCCAUCCUCAGCAACCGGUCCGGGGACCACCGGGGCAAGUUCAAGGUGGCGGCUUUCCGCAAGAAGUACGGGCUGGACGCCCCGGUGGCCGGCACCUGUUACCAGGCCGAGUGGGAUGACUACGUGCCCAAACUCUACGAGCAGCUGGCCGGGAAGUAGCCCCAGGGCCCUGAGCCGGCCGGGCCCCCGCUGCAUGUCCCCGUCUCUCCCCCGUUCCCUGUUCCCAGGCGCGCGACCUGAGCGCCCAGAUGAUGGUUCAGGGCGACUUCCCUUUCCGCCCGGCCGUUAUAACCUUAGCGGGGCACCUACUCAGUUUCUCUUGUGAUUGAAUUUAAAUUCCUGUCGGGGGGCGGGGAGGGAUGUUGUGGAGCUAUGAUGGGGUCAUCCAAGAAUGAAUUAAGGUAUUAGCAGCAACCCAGAAUGUAAGGGAAUAAUUCAGGUUCAAAGGCUUAAAUAAUGGAGCAGAGCAUCAGAGAACCCUGAGAGGAAGCCGCAAAGGAAGAAAGAUGCUUCUGCCUUCGUGAGCGGAGUCCAGAGCUGUUGCACGCUGGAACCUUCUCUGACAUGGUUUCGUGAUCCUGCCUGUCACCAAGACAGCGGAAGGCUCCUGGGUUGCUGGCCCCGACGUGUGGCCUGGAUGCGGCGGGGUAGGUCCCCCGCUGGCUCCGCAAAGGCCAGCACUGGAAGCUGGGAGAGGGAGAGCUGCUGUGUUGUCAGGCCCUCGAGACGUGGGCUGGGAGGGGCAUCACCGGGAACCUGUACAUCUGCCUCUUUAAAUCUAUCACUUCUCCUGGGUGUAAGAGAAACCGCUCUGGGGUUGCGGAAUGUGUGUUAAUCCUGCUUUUCCUCGUAGUUGAAUAAAGUAACAAUAAAAGCA